AUGAGACGCAAGACAUCGCGCUCGCUCUUUCACCUGACCGUCCUGGGGGCCAUCGCUCUCCUUCUGUAUCUUAACCGCCCUUCCUCCAAUAAGUCCUUCCCUUGGACUCGAAUCCGUUAUCGAUCCGCCUCCGCCGUCCCGGAAUCAAGGGGGGUGUGUCCUGGUCUUCAGAAAUCCACAAAGCCUGCGCUGGUGGUCUCUCGAGUCACCGCUGAUGGUGAUCCAUCCUGGCUCCAUGGCCUCUCCUCCUCCUACCAUCUCUGCAUCUACACCGUCGACGCCCCAGACCCUCGGGCUACAACCCUUCAAGUCCCGGCAAACCGCGGGCAUGAGGCCAUGGCGUAUCUCACCUUCCUCAUAGACAACUACGAGCACAUUCCCGCCGCCGGCGCCGUCUUCGUGCACGGAUCCCGCUUCGCCUGGCACAACGAUCACCCCAUUUACGAUAACGCCGCGCUUCUAUCCGCUCUCAAUGUCCCCGCCGCCCUGCAGCAAGACGGAUACCACAACCUCCGCUGCGACUGGAGCAUCAGCACAUGCCCCCCGUCUGCCGCACCGCAGGGAAGUCUGGAAAAUACUUUGCGGUCAGUGCUGGAGCCCUGGAGCGCACGUGCGGCAUCGGAUACAGCUCUCCCGCGUGCACUGGCGGUGCUGUUCGGGGACCACAACCGGGAGACAUUCGUGCAGGCGAAACUGGGCCGGAAUGAUGCGGUGCGAGCACAGUGCUGUGCGCAGUUCGUCGUCGCGCGGGAGAAAAUCCAUCGACAUAGCAAGGAGGAGUACGUCGCGCUACGGCAGUGGUUACUCGAUGGGAUGGGACGACCGAGUCGACGAGGAGCGGCUCCGGCGGAUGAUCGAGUUGCGGGACGGAUUUUAUCGUACAUCUGGCACAUUCUCUUCCUCGGGUACGCAGACGGCAACCAUCCGUUAACGUCGGGGGUGGAUUUACAGCAGCUGAAUGCGCGGGCCUGUCCGAGCGCCGAGGCCUGCUAUUGUCGCUUGUAUGGGAGGUGUAACCUGCGCUGCUUGAGUCCCGGGAGCUGCGUGGAUGAAUACUCGCUGCCCAAGGGAUUGAAACUACCAGCUGACUGGGAGGAGACGCAUAGAUAUGCUUGA